AUGUUUCCCAUUGACAACGACUCCCACGGGAGCAUCGCCGUGUCAUGGAGCCAGGUUACAUUGGCGACAGCAUCCAAUGAGCCCGUUUUCGUCUCCAAUUUCUUUGCUGAUGUAGUGUUUGCGGCGUCGCCGGCGGCUGCGCUCAUCGUUUUGCUUCUGUUGUUGAAUGUCUUGUCGUCCAAGAAAGCUGAAGUUGGCUCAAUUCGCCGUCGGCGAUCGGUCAUUGUCACUCUCAGCUUAUUACUGUCCUUACAUAUCGCAUCAUUGGUGGUGUUUUGCCUGCUCCCUCCGCGCCAACUCUUCCACCAUGCGGGUGGUUUGCCGACAUAUAUCGUGCGGCCAUCUGCAACAUUGAUACUAUUCUUGCUCUACUCGCGAAAACCCGCCAGCUAUACCAGAAUCACAGGGCUGUACCUGUUACUCACCACAGCUCUCGAUACAUUCCGUAUCGUCACACUGGGAUUAUACACGUCCGCGCUGGCUCAGUACACAACUGAGUUUGUCCUGGUCGGCCUGCAAAUCGCCAUUACCGCCGUUUCGCUGAUCUAUAUCAUCUUCGAAGCAUUAGUGCCUCAGCUGCCGAAGAAACAAGGUGUCGUCCAAGCUGAUGAAUACCACAGCAGCACCAUUGGCAAGUUGCUUUUUGGCUGGCUGUGGGAGUUACUCUCGUUUGGGAAGUCAACUACCCUCACUGAGGACGACUUGAAGCCCCUGGAUUACCAUCCGGAUGCCAUUCACCGCGAGUACAAGGCCGUUUCGGCUCCAGAAGUUGCGCGCCAGUUUUACCGGAGAGCGCUUCUUCAAUAUGUCUGCGCUGCGAUACUGAAGUUACUGGGAGCUGUGGCCACACUGGGACAGCCUCUGAUCAUUGGGGAGAUUAUAAACCACUUGACUUCUAGCGGUAGUUCCUACGUCGGUUUUUGGCUUAUUGUAGCCAUGUUUCUCGAUCAAGCAGCAAUUGCCUUGUUCCAAGCGCAUGCAUCUCAUUUCACCGAUCAAAUCGACUAUCGACUACGCUCAUUCCUCCUCCACAAAGUGUUCCAAAGAUCUUUAGCCCCUCUAGGAGGCACCGACAGUGUCGACACCGUGAGUUCGAAAGCGCUCGUCUAUGCAUCAACAGACGUCACUACCAUCAUCCAAGGUCCAGAAGUGCUAUUCGACGUGUUUUCAGGCGUCGUGAUCGUGGUAGUAGCCUCUGUUAUGCUGUACGCACAAAUUGGCAUCGCUUUCAUGGCCCCUUUGGGAUUUGCAAUCCUAGGCGUGCUUCUGCCUAUCCUCAUGGGACCGAUGCUUGCUCGUAGCGAGAGGGCUAUGCGGACAGCGAAUGAGAAGCGCAUCCAGGCUAUGAAGCAGCUUGUUUCGGAUGUACGAAAUGUGCGCAUUGGCGGUCUGCAAGACUUGACUGCUGAGCAGGUAACUCAAUGUCGUGAGAAUGAGAUACAGCGAGGAGUCAAUUUUCGGCGCACGCUGAUGGUGGUGACGGUUGUUGCUUUGUCAUUGCAAUCGUUUUGUGUCCUGGCGGCAUUUGGCUUCUUCUCUCUUACCAGUGGUGCCGAACUCGACUACACUCGACUCUUUACAUCUCUAUCGAUCUUGGAAGUCAUGAUUGGUCCUCUUUUAAGUACUCUUCAACAGGUUCCAUUUCUCGUCUCAGCAAUUGUUAGCUGGAAGCGUGUUUCCAACUACAUCAACACCCAUGCGAGCGACGCAUUCUUCAUCAAUAGGCGAACCCUAGCUGCUACAGGUGAAUCCACAAACGAAACAUUCCGCGAUAGCGCAGAUGACUCUUAUGUGCUGAAACUGGAUGGGGCAACAAUUGGGUGGGAGGCAGACAAGCCGAUUUUGAACGACGUCGACCUCACUCUUGCGCCUGGCCAAGUCCAUGUCGUGUCCGGGAGUUCAGCAUCCGGAAAGUCCACUCUUCUAAAGUGUGUUUUGGGCGAGGCACAAGUUCACGCCGGACAUGUGGAUUUACAUACCACCGACCUAGCUUACUGCGAUCAAACACCAUGGUUUAUCCCGGAUCAAUCACUCCGCGAUACAAUCACACUCGACAAAGCCUUUGACCAAACGCUGUAUUUUGGCGUGCUUAAAUGCUGCUGCUUAACUCAGGACUUUUUGAAACAGGAACGAGGUGACGAUACUAUUGUUGAUGCCAAAGGCUCGGCGUUGAGUGGCGGCCAACGAGUAAGACUGGCUUUGGCUCGCGCGCUGUAUGCUGAGCCAAAGCUUCUGGUUCUCGAUGAAAUCUUCACCGGCUUAGAUAGAACUACUACUGCACAGAUUUCGGAGAGCAUAUUUGGACAAGGUGGAUAUCUCGACACUCGGCCGGAUAUUGCUGUUUUGAUGUCAUCCACCAUUGUUCCUCCCGCAGUGGCAAGUUAUCAGAAAACAAGCGUCCUUCGAAUAGACUCUGGAAAGCUCCUCGUUGUGGACAACCCCCUCUCCUCAUCUAUACCCGGCAUCGGGAACAAUUCCGUCGAUGACGCUGCCGAUGAACCAUCCAAGAAGGAGGAUACGACUCUAUCUGGAACUAGCACUCCACCCGCAGAAGCUGUAACCAAGUUGCAGGACAUUACUGGCGAAUAUGGCGAGUUCUUCAGAUCGUUUGGCUCUUGGUUCAAUGUGGUUGCCCUCGUGAUUGGUUGUCUUUUAUGGACAAUUCUUUUCCGAGGCUCCGCACUCUGGCUUGCGUACUGGACGUCUGCGUACGAGGAGAGCGAUGAUGUUGAUUCCGCUUUCUAUGUGGGAGUGUAUGCAGCGUUGACGUUUACCUGUUUCUUCAUUCUAUUAUUCAUCAUCUGGCUUUUCUUCAUAGUCAUGAUGCGGGACAGCGGCCUCAAUAUCCAUAAGAACAUGUUUGCCACCUUUUUGCACUCCCCUGCCUCUGUAAUUGAGAAGACCAAGGCCCAAAUCAUCAAUAGAUUCACCCAAGACAUCUCCCAGACAGACCUUCAACUUCCAUUUGGCUUCAUCAAUUUCACCAUCGGUGUUUCGGUAAUGACGAUUGGCCUCCUCUUAAUCGGUCUAGGCGCUCCCUACAGUCUCAUCCUCGCCGCAAUUCUAGCUCCCCCAUUAUGGAUGCUACAAAAACACUAUCUCGUCACCUCAGUCCAACUACGUACAAUGCAGCUCGGAGCACACGCCCCAAUCAUGUCUGCCCUUGGGUCCAGCAUAGACGGUAGACUCACCCUGCGCGCAUUCAGCCUCAACGACUCGAUGAUGGUGCGCAUGUCCGACAUCGUCUACCACUCACAACGACCUGCGUAUCUCUUUCGAUCGCUUCAAUCCUGGCUAAGACUCCAGCUGGCUCUUGGUAACCUUCUCAUCAUCUUGCUCGUUACAUCUCUACUCGUCGGUUUCAAGAGCACGGGUGAGCUGGAUCGUGGGAACGAGCCGUUGUUGAGUGGGAGUGUUGCGUGGGGUGGUAUUGCGCUACUGAAUGCCAUUCAGCUCACUGACGAUAUCAAGCUCAUUAUUGAAUCGUGGACUAAUUUGGAGAGUUCGAUGGGUGCGAUGAAACGUGUUCUUGAUUACAUUAGGAAUACGGCAAUGGAACAGCUGAAUAGCUUGACUGGAGAUCCUCCGUUGUCAUGGCCUGCAAGAGGGGAGGUGCAACUUGAUGAUCUCACACUGGCAUACGGCGAUCGAGAAGUCGUUCGGGACGUGUCGUUGAAAAUACCAAGUGGCACCAAGCUGGCGAUCCUGGGCCGAACCGGCAGUGGUAAAACGUCACUUAUGCAAUCAUUUUUCGGUCUCAUUCGGAUAAUUAGAGGUUCCAUCAGUGUAGAUGGCAUCAAUCUGUCUGAUGUAAACAACAACUUGCUUCGAUCACGACUUGUCGGAAACCCACAACAGACGUUCAGCAACGGAAUGGCAACCGUACGGCGUAAUUUGGAUCCAUCACAAAGACGUACCGACGACGACAUUCGUACGGCCCUUGAGAAAGUGACUCCUGAAGUCUCAAUACAAGACGGCGUCAUUUCCAUGCUAGAUAGCAAGUGGGAGGACUGUAACUUCUCAAUGGGUUGGCAGAGACUUAUUGGUCUUGCACGGAUGAUGCUUCGGGGCUCGGCGGUCUACGUGCUGGAUGAGCCAACAAGCGGCAUGGAUGAAGAUAGCCAUGACACAGUCAUGGACUGUAUAUUCAAGUCCCUUCCGGAGAAGACUGUCAUUGUCAUCACGCACACGCUAAAGGGGAUAGAAAAGUUUGACUCUGUGGCAGUUAUGGCAGAUGGUGAGCUAGUGGAACAUGAUUCUCCUGCGAAACUGUUGAAAGAUUCGUCUAGCCAGUUGUACCGAUAUGUGCACAAUCCUUCUGGGAAUGGUGCGAGCAAUGGAGGGUAG